AUGCAGCACGAUGUGAAGGAGAAUGAAAAGAAACAAACAGAAUCACCCAUAGAAAAAGAAGAUGAGGUGUGUGGUAUUUGCUUUACCGGCAUUCACCCCAGUGAUAACCCACGUGGUCGACUGAAUUCGUGUAAUCAUAUUUUCUGUGCUUAUUGUAUUAAAGAAUGGGCACAAAGCACAAAUGUCUGUCCACAUUGCAAAGCCCGAUUUACACGUAUAUUUGUAUUAAACAACAAUGGUGAGGAGGAAGUUACUAAAGUGCGUAAACGAAACUACAAACGAUGGGAAGAAGAUGAUGAGGAUGAAAAUGAAGAUGGUGAGAAUGAAGAGGAGAACAGCGGGGAGGCAUCUCAUUCUCUGCUGGUUGCCUGUGAUGUGUGUGGACAAGGGGAUAAUGCCUUUCGUAUGAUAUUUUGUGAUCGCCGACAAUGUCAAUACGCCGUGCAUCUUGACUGUAUUCAUCUGAAUGAGCGACCGGCGGAGUUUUACUGUUCUCAAUGUGCACAACUGCGUGGAUCUACUACAGCCACUACACCUAUAGCUACAACUACCAAUGAUGAGGAUAUAGAGAUAAGAGAGUCUAUACAAGAGCAGGAGAUGAGAGAAGGAAGAAAUUUGAGUUCUGCGGUGGAAAGUCAAACAGAUGCUGUUCCUCCAUGUAAAACACCGUACAGUAAAGUAUCGGUUGCACUUCCAACAUUUCUACGACAGGCGAUGGAACGUGGAAUUCGAGGGCAAACAACCGUACCGCAACAAGGGGAAUAUCAAGAUAAAGAAAUCUCUUUAACUUCUUCUUCUUCUUCUCAAAAUAGGGGAAGAGGAAGAGGAGGAGAUCAGGAACUUCAUAUAAUACAAGAAGAUGAUAUGAUUACUCGUUCUUCUCAAGCUGCUUUACAAGAGUAUUUAAAACGUCAGGAUAAUCAAAAUCAUCAAAUACGCCUUCAACAACAACAACAACAUCAUCAUCAUCAUCAUCAUAAUCGCCGUGGUGAAAUACCACAAAUUAGGGAUAUGUCUAAACGAGGAGUAGGCGUUGUGGGAAUACAACCCUCUUUCAAACGACCCCGUAGUUAUAACAAUACUUCUGUUCAUCACACCAGCGUGGAUGGACUUUUAGAUCCAACAACACGACGAAAGGAAGAAGAUCGUCUUGCACGACAAUUGGCUAUUGAAAUGUUACCUAUUCUUAGGCGUAAUCAACAAAUUCAAGAAAGUCAAUUACAGUUUGGUCGUAAUGGUGAUAUUGUAGUUUCUGCUGUUCCUAAUGGAUCGGAUGCUACUGUACGAGAAAGAGAACUCUAUGUAAAAGCCAUGACAGAAGCUCGACGAAUGGCUCAACAACAAAUUGAGGCUAAAGUAGUAAAGGCCCGAAUGAGAAUGGAACGUCAAGUUCGUAUUCAAGCACAGAGAGAAGCUGCUGCAUUGGCAAAACUGGCAAAGAUUGUUGCAUCUCACCGAGUCGCAUCAAAACCAAACUAG